AUGGCCUGUCCGGACGAUGUCGACGCUGGCCCAGUCCGGCCGCAGAACACAACCUCCACACCAGUCGUCAUUCCCGGAGACAGGCCCCAGGAUAUAGAGAUGGCUUCAGACGAGUCGACCACCAGGCUCGCCCUUCCUCCUCGCCUUGCCGCGCGGUUUAAUCGGGUUUCCGCCACGUACAGGCGCGCCUCGGUCCCCUCCAUCUCCCGCCGCAACUCCUCCUCCUCAAUACACUCGAACCUGUCUGUACACGGAGCUUCGCAUGGUGACCCCAUGGCGCCCCAUAUCCGUCGAAAUUUGAUACUCGAAUCCCGAAAGGCCCGUCUUGCUGACAGAGCGGCGCAUGUCGAGAAGGUCAGGCUUCGUGCUGCUCUCGCGAAAAGCGGCACUAAGAGCGCCGCCAUCAAAGAAGAGAGAGCCCUUGCUGCUCAGCGGACACGAGAGAGGCUGCUGGCCGAUAUUACUGCAAAGUGCGAGGAAGAGGUGCGACGGGCAAAGAAGAAGGCCGAAGAUACGGAGGAGAGGAAGGCGGCGCAACGUGCACGUCUUCGUCUGGAGAUGGUCGAGAGGUUCGCCGAAGCUGAAAGGCGCAGACAGCUCUACCAGGAGACUCCCCGUCGGCGCCGUACUUCUAGCAUCCCAACUGUUCCAGCUGCCCCGCCUGCGGAAGGCGUAAAGAUCAAUACAAAUAUCAACAACAACAAUCGUAAUAUUAAGCCAGAAGCUUUACGGCUUACCCCGUCUGCCGCUGCCCGCGUCAUCCAGAAGGCAUGGAAGAACCACCGCUCACGGGUGCUAGUUGGCAAAUACUUGGGCCUAAAUCUCACGCUUGAGAGGAUCGGACUACUAGGCUUUGAGAGGACUGGAACCCUAGUAGCCAAUGAGACCACUUUGGAUGUGACCGCGGCCAUGCUUCGGCUUUGUGGUUUGCAAGAUACCCAGGGAGGUGCCCUUGGCGAGAGAGGGGCUGUUCGUAUCUUCCUCAGCAGCUACGUUAUUGCAGCCUUCCCCGAACACGUCUUGAGCAGUGAUGGAGAACAGGAGCAGGACCUGAUUUCUAAGGCCAGAGAGCUACUCGUCAUAUUUCAGAAUCUGCUCGAUAAGAUUGCUGUACUUGGGCUUGUCAACGUCUCCCUAUCUCCUACCAUACUAUCCUUGUCAGAGGCAUACAAUAUGUUUGUCUCCGCAUUCCACGCCUGGAAAUCCCGCGAUUCAACGGUGCUUAUUGAGAUCAUGGUUGCUCAAUUUACCGAGCUCGAGCUCAUCUGGCAAACGGUGAAAGAUGACCGUGCGGGUGGAGCUGCAGACGAUUACCAACAGGGCAUCCGGUACAACCAAACCUUGCUUCUUGCACGGUUGAAGCGGCUUGUUGGUUCAGAUGAAGCUAUGAAGUUGAUCAAAAAAUCAUUGAAGAAGGCAAAAAGUGCCAAGCAGGCUAACGUAGCUACUGAGAACACAAUUCCCAGAGCUGUGGAUAAACCAUCAACUUCCAGAGAGGGGCUGACGGAGCCAAGUAAACCACCCUUUGAAGAAAUGUUUCACUAUGCUACCACAAACUUGCCAGAAACACGGCUGGAAGAGGAAUCAGUCUCACCGCAGGACCGGCUUACCAAGGUACUGACUGCUCUCCCGAAUAACCGAACGCUUGUUCACGAGCUUCUCAUAAACAAAGAGUUUCGCAUUGAGCAAGGUCACUAUACCGAAGUUCGCCGGCAAAUCAUGCAACAUGUUUGUGAUAUCAUGAGAAGAGAGGUUGCCGCCGGUUAUGGUACCAAGUGGACAGUUGCUUUGGCCACAGUCAUCCAAGAUAGGCUGCUUCGUUUCCUUAGACAAGGCAACUCCUUGCAUAAUCUUAUCACUGAAGUCUUAGAUCCCACUCACAUUGAAAAUCAGUGCAAUUCCGGCACUUUUUCAUAUGACACUUUCUUUGAUUUCAUGGGUAACAUCCUCGCUAAGUUGUGUGCUCCCUUUCGGGACGCCGUUGUUGAGGAGUUCGCAAAUGAUAAAUCGGGCGACGAAAUUGACCGCCUUUCACGCCUUAUGGGAAUAAUCGACCUCCUUUCACUGGACCAUACAAAUUUUAUGCUUCAGGUUGUGUCACCUCAGCUGAUUGAAGAAGGCCCACAGUAUGAACAAUGUUUAUUCGACAGGGACCUGAAGAACCGAAAAAUUACACUUGAUAGCACCAGGGAAUUCUGGCGGUUGAACCAUGCUACAUCCAACACUGAUUCUCAGCCAGCCAUGGGCAAGAUUUACAUUCAGGGAUUGGUUGACCUUGUUCUUAGAAAUACAGCAACCCCCCAGGGGCGUAUUCCCGAGACUCUUCACGCAGAUUAUGCAAGGUUAAGACAGCUUCGAUCUCAAGCCUUCAAGAUUGCUGCUACUGCUUCGAUACUACUCACUGCCAAAAAUCUUCUGAAGCGUGAUGUGCGAUCCCAGUGGAAGAGCGAGGCAGAUAGGAUUCUUUCCCUGGACUGGCAUGACAUCAAGGGUGAACGUAUCCAAUCAAUUAUCGAUUCUACCCAUCCUAUGCCCUCGGCAACUAGGUCUCAGCUCUUGAGCACAAUAAAGCGUGUGGUUGCCCCAGCUGUAGCUGCAGCAAGCGCCGCUUCCGCAAUCACCCCUCCCGGUUUAUCCGUGACCACUACCUUUCAAUCUUUCACUGUCAGACCAUCGUCCAGUUCGUCAGAUGUCAAUUCCGAGCUCUCGACAUCUUUUACGGAUCCCGUGGCUCGGCUCAUGCUUUCAAGGCUCCGGUCUCAUAUUCUAGCUCGUUUAAGCGCUACCAAUACCAGAGAACGAGUGAAGAUGACGACCACAGCAAGCCAGGGCCUUGCAAGUGCUGGAAUGCCUGAGUUCGUCAGUGAAGUCGGCAAAAUUGUCGAUACCCUUGACAAGAUCCGAGAGGUUGAUUGGCUAUGCCAUGGGCUCGUCCACGAGAAGAUCUGGCAGGAAAUCUCCGUCAAUACACAGAAGUUGUAA